AUGAGUUUUUUUGGCGGUAAUAAAAAGACUCCAGAACAGGAGUUAAAAGAUAGUAAAAGAGAAUUAUCAAAAGGACAAAGAGAAAUGGAUAGAGAAUUAAAUAGAUUAAAAAUAGUUGAACAAGAAUAUAUAGGUAAAAUUAAACAAUUAGCAAAAGCAGGUAGAAAUGAUGAAGCAAAAAGGAUGGCAAAUGAUUUAGUAAAGUUAAGAGGUCAAAUGGAGAGAAUGAGAGCAACUAAAACUACAUUAUCGGCAGUAUCGACUAAAACCACAACAAUUAAAGCAAAUCAAACAAUGGCAAAUGCAAUGGCAUCUGCCACUAAAGCAAUGUCAACAAUGAAUAAACAAACCGAUUUAGUACAAUUACAAAAGACAAUGAUGGAAUAUGAAAAACAAACACAACGUGUUGAAAUGACCGAAGAAAUGAUGCAAGAUAUGUUUGAAGAUGAUGAAGUAGAUGAAGAAGCAGAUGAUAUCCUCUCAAAGGUUGUUGAUGAAGUUUGUUUAGAUAAUUAUCAAAAAAUGCCUUCUGUAGCUCAAAAAGAUUUACCUUAUUCUUCUAAAACUUCAACAUUUAAAACUGAAGAUGAAGAAUUAAAUAAACUUUUACAAAGUUUAUAA